UAACACAACAAACGCAAGAGGGUAGGCCACACUUCACAACAAAACCAAAAUGCUUUAUCGUGCACUGUUUCAGCUGGCAGUUCUCGCCACGUUCCAUGGCACAUCGGAGGGAGACACUCCGGCGGUGACUGCCCCGCUCCCCACGGCGGCGAGAGAUUUCUUGGAGGCGCACAAUGAGGCGAGGGCGGCGGUGGGCGUUGAGCCGCUGCGGUGGAGCGAGCAGGUGGCGAACGUGACGAGCAAGCUGGUGCGGUACCAGAGGGACAAGAUGGGGUGCCAGUUCGCCAACCUAACAGCCGGAAAGUAUGGGGCGAACCAGCUAUGGGCGCACGGCACGGUGGUGACGGCUCGAAUGGUGGUGGAGGAGUGGGUGAAACAGAGACAGUUCUACAACCACACCGACAACUCGUGCGUGCCCAACCACAAGUGCGGCGUGUACACGCAGGUGGUGUGGAGGAAGUCGGUGGAGCUCGGAUGCACUCAAGCGACGUGCGUGAAAGAGGAUGCUAGCUUGACCAUUUGCUUCUACAAUCCCCCAGGGAACUACGUUGGGGAAAGCCCUUACUGAUUCUUCCUCUUCUAAGUAUCUCUCGGUUUUAGUUCCUUUCAUAUAUCUAGGUUAAUGAUGUUUGUUUGUGUCGUGAAGUUCUGCUAAUUAAUCCUCUGAAACUGAUAUAUAUUUAUGUGUAAGGUAAUGAGUUUUUUUCUGAAGUAGAAUCAGAUGCCAUGAAGCCACAUUGCAUGGAUUUUGAUGCUUAA